AUGGUGGAAGAAGGCGGCGUCACGGUCUGCGUGAGGGUGCGCCCGCUUAUUGCGAGAGAAAAUGAAGACCUUGAAGACAAAGUGCAGGUUUCAUGGAAAAGUGAAGGCUGUACUAUAUCGCAAAUAGAUGGGACCAAGUCUUUUAUCUUUGAUCGAGUGUUUCAUUCUCAGGACGGUACCAUGGAAGUCUACCAGGGGGUGGCUGCUCCGAUUAUAAAGUCUGCCGUUCAGGGAUACAAUGGCACAAUUUUUGCUUAUGGCCAGACUGCUUCAGGCAAAACAUAUACUAUGUUGGGCACACAAGAUCAUCCGGGUAUCUUACCUAUGGCAAUCAAUGAUGUAUUCAAUACCAUCUGCCGAAUUCCAGACAGGGAGUUUCUGCUCCGUAUAUCCUAUAUGGAGAUCCACAACGAGAGUAUACAAGACCUACUGUGCAGUAACAUCAGGAAAAAGAAGCCCUUAGUUGUUCGUGAAGACAUCAAUAGGACAAUUUAUGUUGAAGACCUGAGUGAAGAGGUGGUGAUUUCUCCAGAGCAAGUUCUGAGCUGGCUACAAAAAGGCGAAAAAAACAGGCACUAUGGUGAAACAAAAAUGAAUGAAAGAAGCAGCCGUUCUCAUACAAUUUUCAGAAUGAUCAUUGAAAGCAAAGAAAAGACGGAUACUACCAGCUCGAGCUACGAAGGAGCCGUAAUGGUCUCUCACUUGAAUUUAGUGGAUCUGGCAGGCAGUGAAAGAGUGAGCCAAACAGGCGCUGAAGGGAUUCGAUUUAAAGAAGGCUGCAAUAUAAACCGGAGCCUUUUCAUCUUGGGCCAGGUUAUCAAGAAACUGUGCGAUGAUCAAUCUGGCGGCUACAUCAGUUACCGAGACAGCAAGCUGACACGAAUUCUGCAGAAUUCACUGGGUGGAAACGCUAAGACUGUUAUCAUCUGCACGGUUACUCCAGUAUCACUGGAAGAAACUCUUAGCACUCUUCAGUUUGCCAGUACAGCUAAAAAGAUGAAAAAUACACCCAAAGUAAACGAAGUUCUCGAUGAUGAGGCCCUCCUGAAGAGGUAUCGAAAAGAAAUAGAAGACUUGAAACGGCGCCUGGAAGAGGUUUCCUCCCACUCUCACACCAAAGAUCAGCUGGCGCAGCUCUUGGAGGAGAAGAAUUCUCUUCAAAAGCAGCAGCAAGACAGGAUACGAUCGCUAACGGAGAUGCUUGUGACAGCAUCGUCUUUCUUGCAAGAACGAGAGUUAAAAGCUAGAAGGAAGAGGAGAGUCACCUGGGCUCCAGGAGCACUAAGCCAAGAUGGGGCAAUAUGUUUCCGAGAAGACUUCCCCAGUAGAGCCAAACAUUUUAAAGCCUCUGUGUCUUCUAUAGCAGAAAUGGAAGAAUCGGUAUCUUCAGAGUUCUCAGAAUAUGACGAUCAGAGUGUGACAGCCCGCGUUUCAGUAACUGAAGAAGAGUGGAUUCCAGCAUCUGAAAUCAAUUUUUGUCAAAAGGACUUUGCGGAGUCGGUCCAGCUUUGUGAAACCCUUGUAGAAGAGAGGGAUAAUGCUGUUACUGAACAGCAGGCAGCAAAAGCCAAGCUGGAAAGCCUGCAGUUGGAGAAAGAACAGCUGGUUUGUGAGCUCAGCGAGCUGAGAGAUAAAAUGUCAACGUAUGAAUUUGUGGCUCUUGAAAAAGAGACUGCAAAAGAGCAGGAGAUGCAACUAAUACAUGAAAUUUCCAGCUUAAAGGCUCUAAUUGCAAAUGCUGAAGUUUACAAUCAAGAUCUUCAGGAGGAAAUAAAUUCAAAAGACAUGCAGAUGAAGGAGCAAGAGAAUAAAAUUCAGAUGUUGGAAAACCGAGUCAGUGAGCUACAAAACCUCGUUGAAGAGUUAAAGACGGAAAGUGGGAAAAGAGAUAUGUCUUUCUCACAAACUUCAAGUAAAGGGCUGGAUGAAAUGCGGCGAAUGAAACAGUCUCUCGAUGAUGCUGAAGUUGUAGCACUGGAUGCCAAGAAAGAAUCUUCGUUCCUCAGAAGUGAAAAUCUAGCACUGAAAGAGAAAAUGAGCCAGCUGUCGGAGACUUACAGCCAAAUGGAGAAAGACGUUGAGUGCUACAGGAGCCAGUUAGAAGCUGGGAAAGCCAUCUACAAAAAAAUGCAGUCUGACCUGCAGAAAGAAUUGCAGUACUACUUCCAGGAAAAUGCAAAGCUGACAUCACUCUUGGAGGGCAAAGCUCCAAAAGACCUGUUGUCGUGUAUGGAAUUGGAAAAAAAGGUAGAAGGUUUUAAAAAUGACCUGAAUAAAUCUCUGGAAGAGAAUGCAGCAUUAAGGAAAGAAGUGGAGGCAUUAUCAGAAGCUGCCUCGCGACAUGACCUUGAAAUCAUCCAGAAGGAGCUCCUUGAAAAAUCUGAGACGAUCGCUUCGCUGACCUCCGAAAGGGAGCGUUUGCUUUCUCAAGUCGCUGAGAAGGAGAGAAUGCUGCAUGAAGCGACGGAUGUGCUAAAAUCCAAAGAGGAUCUUGCAAAUGCUGGAGCGGUGAGUGAGAACGCAGCGGCUUUUCAAGAGCUGAAGCAUCAGUGCGACGAACUGACACAGAAGUUCUUGACUGCGACAGAAGAAAGCGACUGGAUGAAAGGCCAAGUAGAUUUUCUGUCUGGCGAAAAUCUCAAGCUCAAUGCAACCAUUAGCGACAUGACCCAAGAGGUUUCCGGCAAGAUCAAAGAGCUGCAAGAGAAGGACUUGGAGCAAGAGACGUUUCACUUUCUCGGUCUGAAAGAACAACUUGACGAAGCCCAUCAAAAGCUGAAUGAAAUGGAGCCACUCAAAGACCAGCUGAAAGCUUGGGAGUCUAAACUGGAGGCUGCAGAGUCAGAGAAGCUGGCUCUCGCUCAGAGACUUCAAGAAGGCCAAGAAGAAAUCGGAACGCUGACCCAGGAAAGAGAUGACGUGAAGCAGAAGCAGGAGGCUCUUGAGCAGGAGAGAGAUCAGAUCAAAGAAGAUAUCCAAGAGACUGUGUCAAUGAACAUUGAAGCACAGGAAGAACUGAGAAAUGCUCAUGAUUCUCUCAAGCAGUGCCAGAAUCAUAUUAAAGAACUGGAGGACGCCCUUGCAGAGAGAGACUCACAGAUUGUAGGUGUUAGAGAAUCUCUGGGGAUCACCAUAGAUGAACAGAAGCAGCAGCUGACUCUUAAGAUGCAAGAGCUGCAAGACAAGGAGAGUGAGCUGGAGGAGCUGCUUGGAAUGAAGGAACAGCUCCGUGAAGCCCAGUGGAAACGGAGUGUGGCACAACAACUGGAGGAAGAACUGAAGGCUAGAGAAUCUAAACUUGAGGCUGAAAAGGCAGAGAAGCUGGAAAUGGCCCAAAGACUCCGUGACAGUGAAGAAGAGAGGAAAGGCCUGGCCCAGGAAAGGGACGCCCUGAAGGCAAAGUGGGAAGCCCAGACGGAGACGCUCAAAGGACUUGAGGAAGAGACCACCUCAAAAAUCCAGCAGCUAGAAGAAAAGGCUUUUGACCUGCUGCAGCGGCUUGAGUUGAGAGAAGAACAGAGUCAGCAGGAUGCGAUAAGGCUGAAUGAAAUGGAGCAGCAAAAGGUCACCUUUGAGUCCAAAAUGGCAGCCAUGCAGAGGGAGCAAGCAGACAUGGUUGGGAAGCUUCACAACACUGAGGAGGACUUCAGAUCUGUAAGCCAAGAAAAUGAGCAUCUUAAAACCUUGCUAGAUGCUCUUCAGGCUGAGAAGGAUAACAUGAUCCAAUCCAUCCAUCGUCUGAGCGAAACCGUAGAGAGGACAGUUGCCGCUAAUUUGGAACUGCAAGAACAACUCAGACAUGCUAAUCGUUCUGUUAAAGAACAUAAAGAAAUGGUAGAAGAAUUGAAAGAACAAAUUGAAAGUAAGGAUUCUUCGACUUCAGAAGUUCAGGAGGCGUUGAUGCAGAAGGAUACUAAAGCAGAAAUGGAAAAGUUGCUAGAACGAGUGAAAGAUCUUGAAGAGCAAGUUGAAAUAAAGAUGAACUUGGUUGUUGAGAAAGACCAGCUAUUUGAGCAAUUGAAAGAAAAACAUGUAGAAGAAAUAGAACAGCUAAAAGAGGAGUCCAAAAAGUCGUCUGAAGAAUUAAACUUACAAAUUGGUGAAAGGAAUCGGUUGCUAGCUGAACAAAGAGGCCAGAUAGAGAACAUGAAACAGCUGGCAAAGGAGAACUCUUUGCUGCAACAAGAGAGAGACGACCUCCAGCAGGCUAUGCAGAAUACUACAACAGAAAAUGACCAACUCCGGAAGAACUUGCUGGAAAACUCUAUGAAGCGCUCAGAAACAAAUGCCAAAGUGGAGCAACAAGACCUCACUGGAAGCUUGGAAGCGAAAGUGUUAAGAAUAACGGAAGCUCUGGAGAAAUUUCCGGUGCUGGAAAAGAGAUCUGAACAUUUUAAAAAUAUGGCACUUCAGAUUAAGAGUGAUCUCGACAGUCAGAAAGUGAUAGUAGCCAAAGGACUUGCUGGUCUUCCUCCUCAGCAAGCAAGCAAUGUCAAAAGGCUUCAAAUGGAACAUGAGCUCAUAAGUAACGGUGUCCACAGCUUGUUGAACAAAGUUCAGUUCCUUUUUUCCCGCUUGUGCAAGAAAGAGGGUGAAUUCUUCACCAGCGUCACCAACUACACAAGGGAGCUGCUUCAGGAGGGGAGAAAACAACAUGAGCUGCUAACUCAGAUUCAGCAUCUCAAAAGGCGUCCUUUGGAACAACAUGGAGAUGGAGCCCACCUGCUCAACCUCCCUGGACUGAGCCAAAACUUGGACGUCUGCAUUGAGCACAUUCUGAAAGAUGUUUCAAAUAUGGAAGAAGAGCUCCUGAGUAUAGAAGAGAAAUUACAACAAUUGGGCAGUGAUGCUGAAGAGGCGAGACGUUAUUUGGAACGGUGUUCAGUUCACUUUGAUGAGCAAGACUUUGAGGCCGGCAUCAAGCAAGAUAACGAAAGGCUUUUGCCUGUGGGUCGGUUUCUGAAACCUAAAGCUCAGGUCUAUAUUCAAGCUAGAUCAGAGCUAGAAACCAGGAAUGCUGAAUACUGCAGAGAGACUGAAGCUGCCCUGGAAGCGUGCAGAGAACAGACGAAGGAGCUGCUUCUGGAAUUGAAUACACUUGAGGAAAAGCAAAAACCUUGUGGCCUUGCUAACCUUGCGCUGGAAGAAGAAAACUAUCAACUGGGGAAUAAAUUAAAAGCAACAGAGCAAGAUAGGCAGAAUCUGAAGCUGAGAAUCCAAGAGCUGGAAAAUGUAUCCAACGAAGCGGGGAGAAAUCUCCAGGAAAAGGAGAAAAGAAUAGCCAUUUUAGAAAUGGAACUUAAAGUGAGAUCUUCUAGAAGUGAGGUGGCCAAACUUCAGGCUGCAUUAGAUGAAAAAGAGAACUGCCUAAGACAGGCAUUAUCGGAAAGGCAAACGCUCAAGGCCCAGCUGGAUAAGGGCGCUGCAUUGUAUAAGGAAGAAAUUGAGGACCUCAAAACUCAGAUUGCUAAAACAGAUAUGGCAAGAAUGAAGCAGUCCAAAUUCUUUGACCAAGAGAUGGCAACUGCAAAAGCUCUUGCAGAAUAUAGGGAUGAACAAUUAAGAAAACUAAAGGAAGAACUUCGCAAAGUGCAACAAGAACAAGAUGUAACUGUGAUAUCAGGCAGAGGCCUUCCUCAGACCUCCCUGCCGAUUACUUGUGGCGGUGGAAGUGGAAUCGUACAGAAUACUCAGGUGCUUGUACUGAAAUCUGAGCAUGCAAAACUGGAAACAAAUUACAAGCAGCUCAAGAAAGACCAUGAACUUCUGUUGGCGAAUGAGCUUGUCUUAAAAGAAGAGCUUAAGAAAUGGAAGGAGCGAGCUUUGAAGAGGAGGGACAAAUCCUCAAGAGACAUUGGCGAGGAACAAAGACUCAGGUCUCCAAGGAAGACGGCUCCUCCUUCGUUCUCGGACGUACCAUGUUCUCCCUACAAGGAAAGCGCUCUGAAGCCAGUUUUGCCUUUGGACACUCCCCCUCCUCUGCCACUGAACUGUCCUACAAGUUUCUUUGAUAACUCACGCUUAGGAACCUUUGCAGACACAAGAUCUACAGUAGCAGAAUCCACAGAAAACGAUCUUAAGCAUUGGAUGGCGACAGCAAACAAAGGUGAUGUCCCUAACUGCAAGACACAAUAAGACCCUGGUUCUUCUGUGGAUUCCAAAGAUGCUUUCUGGAUAAGACCACUAGAUUCUGCUCAGUUUUGUCUGUACUGAGAAAACAGACUGCCUUGUCUUUGACCUUAUAUAUGUUCUUUUUUUCUUCUUCUUCUUUGGUAGUUUUAUCUU